AUGAAUAACGAAGAACCAUCUACAGACUAUGGUCUCUCAAGUGAGAUUGACAUUAUAUUUUCAGAAAUGAAAGAAAACAAAAAACUGAAGAAUGUUGGCGAAACAAGCCAAGCUGCAUCUCUUCAAUUUGCAUCGCAACCGAAAGACGACAAGAUCAAUGAGAAAGAUACUUAUAAAGAGAAUAAGAGGGUAUGCACCGACGUAGAAAAUGCAGAUGAUAAAUUGAUUACAUGGGCUGCAAGAUUGGAGCUUGAAUCGAUAUCUUUAAAAGAAAUUGUUACAGGUAACUUAGGUCACAUAUUCAAGCAGAACUACGAUUUUUUGAAGGUCGCUUGUGAAGAAAUAACCACGAAGUUGAGCCAAAUGGCAAGCCAGAUGGAAGAGAUGAAAAAGGUUAGUAGUGGAUGCGAUAUAGAUGAAAGAUUGAUAGAGACCGUUAACGCAUUAUCGGAAAAAGUCACUACUAUUGAAAAACCGUGUUCUUCAAGAGAUAGAAGAAAUAGCAUAGAGUCAAUUCAAACGAUAAUUAGCGAAAAAGUAGACUACUCAUUAACGAACAACAAGCUGAUCAAGGCGAUUAUAAAAAGUGUAGAGAAAAUGUCCCACAAUCUAGAAAAAAAGGAUAGGCCAUUGCAAGAUAACACCUGCGAUUCUAAUAAACCUAGUUCGGAGAAUGAGACCAAGAUGUGCAAUAUUCUUGAAGCACAUGAUAAGGCAACCUUGGACAAGUUAACAUCAUUGCAAAAAUCAAUCAGUGAUAAUGUGCAAGGUACAAAUCCGCCUCUUACACAAGAAAUAGCUUCUAUAAAACAAUAUCUAAAGUUACUUCUACCCAGGAUCGUUGGAUUGGAGACGAAUUCUAAAAGGUUAUAUCACGACUAUCACGAGCUACAUAAUCUUUUAAGUACCCAUAUACACCUGAAUCCGAUGCAGGCUGACAGUAUCGUUCUGUCAGAUAAUUCGCCUGACGGAUCUACUGUACCUAGCACGUCUAAGAGGAUUUUAAAUCAAGUAUCGGUUCCGGAUAAUCUUGAUCAAAAGAAACGAAGGUUGAUAUAA